AUGGGAUUUCAAAGGCCGAUCUGCCAUCUGACCCUUCUAAGUCAGGAAGUCCUUCAAUUCGAAAUUAGUUCUAAACAGACUGUCGACUCGGCACUACUAGCGGCCAAUAAGAAACUGUUUAUUGAUGAAUCGAACUUCAUUUUUUUUGCUCUUUAUUACCUUGAUUCUGAGUAAGUGAAUAACGUUGUAAAUGUUUUAAUUUUUAUUUUUUAGAGGACAAAUACAAUGGCUGAAUCCAGUAGAUCGCUUCAUUGAUAUUUUAGCUCCUCGGGAUUCAAAUGGACAGAUCUGUCUGUUCCAUGGAGUCAGAUUCUUCCCCUUGUCUUGCCUGUCUAUAAUGGAUUCGAAUACUGUUAUGCAAUUCUUUUUUGAUGCUCGGCUCCAAUUUAUGAAAGUGGGUUAUUAUGGAAUCGGUGAAUUAUUUUUCUAGGGAGCUUUGUCGAUGGAGUUUAAUGACUUUUGUGUUUGUUCAGCAAUUUUGGUUGUUCAGAAGGCUUCAGAGUGCAUUCUCGAGUAAGUCGUAUUGGUUUAGUUCCUAUUUUUUUAGAUUCCAUGAAGUAACCCGCAUCUUUGAUGAGGAAUUGUCACCUCCAAAACUUCUUUUACGACAAUAUGACGCUAGUUUAUCAGAGAUUCAUGAAGCAAUAUACGAUCAUGUUUUGAGGCUAAAGAAUUUCUCUUCGGCCGAACUGAUUACGCGGUGGGUUAAUCUUUCAUCAACUGACAUUUACAGAUUUUUGAAACACUGUCAGACUUCCAUAUCGUUUGGAAGUGUCUUCUACAAAUUGAAAGACACGCAGAACCACGAUCUUCUCUUUGCUGUUAAUAGCAGCGCCAUUAUUAUUUUUGAAGAGAAGAAUAUUUACAAUCCAAAAAAGGUAACCUUUUGUGCCUCACAUACAAUUGUUUCUAGGUGCUCCCCUUCUCGAAUGUGGAUGAUAUACAGUGUUCCGAGGAUUCUUUAGUCGUUACAAGUCGAAAUUGUCAAGGGUAAAUUUAGUAUGCUGAUUUUAAGAGCUUUUAGUCAUGAUUUAAAUUAUGACAGUCAUUAUGAAGGCACGCAGACGUUACCAUCAUCAUCACUAAAGAAACUUAGAUUUAAGUGUGUUUCUACUCACAUAUGCCGGAAAAUUUGGAGCGCCACUGUUGCACAACACAAGUUCUACCGAAGUCUGAUUGGAGAGGUAAGAAAGUGGUUAUAUCAGGGGUUUUAUGGUCAGCAUUCGCGUCGCAUCUCUGCGCAAGGAACAGAUUUCACGCUGCGAGGGUUUAGAUGGGCCUCCGGGCGGGUAUUUCGUGGCGAAAUGGCUCAUUUGAAUAAAAAGGAUAGGGUUAGCGAGCCCUUAAAGACGAAUACGUCUCCGCGAAAUCGUCUUUUGCAGCGUUCUUAGGUUCAGAAAAUGGGCCCUAAGGGCAUACAACCACACUUUUACGGUCCGCUGAUUUAUGUCUAAGAAAUGUUGUUCAAAAAGUAUAUAUAUGUAGAAGGUAUUUAUGACUCCGAAAGGCCCACAAUCUUAUCGGGUCAAAAGGACAAGGUGCGGUUCUUUUCGGAAGACCGCCCUGGUUACCCGAUCUAGACUCUUGAUUAAUGGCGCGAGGAUUUGUUGCUUUUGCCUCGGGAAACAUUUGGCGGGCUUUUGAAUUAAGGAUGGUCAUUUAAUCUUGGGCUCGCUCUCCGUGAUGCCAAAGAGUGGGCAUUAUCGCUCAAGAUUAAUACAAUCUUUUUGAGGGUCAUGUCUUACAUUGCCAGGCUGUGCUUUGUUUUGGCCAAUUGUCUUGAAUUCGCUGCUUCCAAAACAGGAUUUCAUAAAUAUAAUAUUACUCAUCCAACGCUUGUUUUUUUCUUUCAAUUUUUAUGUGUGGACAAUGAGUAGUGGACUUUUUUCUUGCGGGAUUUCACUAAAAAGCUUGGCCAUUAUUACAGUGGCUCUUCACUGAUGAUUCAGACGGUUGCCCCGAGUUCUUUUCUCCUUCCUUUUGCGAUUCGUAAAGCCGAAAUUUGAGGCGAACGCGUCUUUUUGCUUCCCCGGUUGCAUGAAGUGACUUGGGGAUUGCCGCUCCAUGAGGGAUCACCGUUCCCCGCACGCUUACCUUCCCCUUAUUCAGUUGGUUUAUCUCCAAAAUUGCUUUUAUUUCGUUUUUUUGGCCGAGGAAUCGCUACUAUAAUAUGAUAGGAAUAGAGUCGGGUAGUCUCCUCUCCUUUGCAAUGAUUCCAAUGUUUGCGGAUCAAUAGCAUUCCUUUUCAUAGGCCUCUUGACUUUGCACUAUGUAUUGUUUCCCCUCGAUUUAUGUUGAACGUUUUGUGGGCGUCCAUUACGCUUCUCGGCGCUUUUCUUCUUGCAUAAUUACACGGUCUUUCUUCAACGUUUUGAGAGCCGUCGGUCAUCUAAAGGGUCAGAUCAACAGGAUUUACGUUGGGUUUUGCCUCCCUUCGCUCUGUUGUUUCUUAUUUUUGUUUUGUCGUCAUUAAUUUCCGAAGCCAAAUCCCCAAACAAGGUCGAUCGGCGCGAGAACCCGCAUUUUUUUGACCUGCCGAGCGUUUCCCACGACCUCUCGGACCGAGGGGAUCUCAAGGGUUCUAGAUCUGGCCCCUUUUUUAUCUUCUGACAUUACUUCUCGUAUGUUGUUUAAUGGAAAUGGCUGAAGAUGGAAUUAGAACCCCUCGCGAAGCGUUCAAUUAGCCUCUAAUCCUGAUUUCAUUCCUUCACUACCGCUUUCGGACCUGAUUCCUCAUGUUUUAGACCUCCUACGAAAAUUCGGAAUACAACUUGAAACGAUUAACGGAGAGAUUGAGCGAGUUUUUGGCCAGCUCGUCUACCGUGUUCACGUCCAGCAGGUAGGAAAAAAAAUUUUUGCGUGUCAAACUUCAUUAAAGAAAAAUGAUUUUUUGAAAUGUUAAUACUAGGAGUAAUCAUAUGGUUUAAGCUCUUUGGGGUCUUUUCGAUCAGACAGCAUCUCUAGUAUGAGGUCCCGCUUGAAUGAAAAGCCCGGCUGCAGUGAAGUUCCAAUUGUCUCUCAUGGUAAGAAAAACUUUUGAGUUUCUAAUUAUAUGAAAUGUUUAGAACGGACAAGGGAAGAGAAGGAACGAGAUCUCCAGCUUUACUACCGAUUGAAGGCUGAUGUGAAGUUAAUAGAAGACGAGCUAAUAGAACAAUUGGAGGAACUCAAAGGAUUGUGCAUCGAAGAAGCUGUAGGGCACCCGGUUUUCGUUUGAUUUACAUAUUUUUUGCAGAAUAUCACAGGCGAUGUACCUAAGGAGAUAUACAUGACACUUGUGCCAGGAGAAAAAAUACCGACCAUUACAAAAAGAGUUGGAACUUCCUUUAAACUGGAUGAAAACACAAUUGAGAAUGCCAAAGCAGUAAGUUUCCUUUCAGGUUUUUGUGCUUUCUAGUCCAAAGCGGCGUCAGAAUCAUUGAAGCAAUCGGGGUCAUAAUGGGCAAAAAGUAGAGAGAGGAAGGCAUGGAUGAACACGUUAACGAUCAAGGCUCGGUAAUGCCCUUUCACCAUACUGCUCUCGUCUAAAAUAAAGGGUCGUAUUUGAAUACAGCACAUACCCGAUCCAUUCUUUCGUAGAUCAGCGAUCAGAAGUUGCAGAUUCACUGUGGAUGCGCAUAAAUUUACGCAGGCUGCAAUCAAAUAGCUAAGAUUCAAGACUUCCAUGUAGGCCGCCAUACUAAUACUCAAGAUGAAAGCCGAGGUCACGCAAGUUCCAACCAGCGCUUUUCGGUCAUUGGCCAGAAUUGGGCCCAUCAAUUGUAAGGUGGCCCCAACGACGGCAGGGUAAUAAUAGGAUGGGACGUUGUUUGUGUAAUGGAUGUAAUGAAUCCAGAUGUGCUCUCCCAAAAGUCCAGAGACAAAUGCCAAACAAAUCAGGAUGAUUCUUCUCACAGUUAAGGGCACUUCUUUCUAAAAACGGGUGGAUUAGUGUGGUUUAUAGUUUUUUUACCUCAGUGUAUUUUCCGGGGACUGUAAACACUGAUAUGGGGAGCGCAACAUAGACCAGAAGAGACAAGAAUAUGUUGUUCAAAACGCUGAGGAGAAGGUGGACGGAUGUGUUUCUGGCAAAUCGGUGACCCAUAGUCUUUGAAGUCAUCACAAUUACGCUCCAAAUGUAGGCUCUAAAUUUAUUGUUUAACAACAGUAAUUUUCUUGCCGGAAAGCGUAUCCAAAAUCGAAUGAGUCUGGCAAUGGAGAGGUGUCGAUCACAUCGGCUUUGAUCUCAUCCACAGCCUUUUGCAGCUCUUGCUUGCAAUCCACGUUCCUUGAAACUUUUACAGUACGAUAGAUCGCUUACUCAGUUCCAUUGCGACUAAGGCGUUGGCUGUGCUCCGCCGCUGUGACAAUCCACUUUAUUCCGAACUUAGUGAAUUGUUUGCCGGUUUCGUUUGACUCCACUUGCUUGACUGAUCUGGUGAUGAGAUCGGCCGACCCUUUUGCCGCCAUCCUUUCACAAAUGAUUUUAAAAGCUUAAUUCUUCCUCAUUUUGAAAGCAAGGUUUGAUCUUAAAUAUUUUUUUUAGCCAUCUCGAGUCGACCAACUCCAAGCUGACGUCCAAUUACAUCGAAAAAUUGUUGCAGCAGCGGAGAGGUUGGCAAAUGAUGUAACGAUUAACAAAUCCGUCAGGAAGAAGAGGAGAAAGGAUUUUAAAGCAGCAGCUAGCAAAUUAAGAGGUCUGGAGAAGGGGCUCUAUCAGUUAAGAUUGUCUGCUUCAAAACCCGACGUCUCAGAAUAUAACGACUUGGCUCAGGUACCCAAGUCAAAUACAGGGUCGGGAUUCUCCUUGAAUAACUUGCGUAAGUGACCUUUCUUUUUUUAUGAUAUUUUUCUAGGGUAUUGGCCCAAUUUUAUUACUCCAAAAUUGGGAUCGGUGGCCAAGUCCUGUCCCACGACGCCUAGAGGUUCAAUCCAGGAUAUGUCAGCAGAAGAAGUCGACAAGUUGUCAAUCGGGAAGGCCUUUGCUUUCCGAAGAGGGCCUGCUGAAAGAACGGCUCAGAAAAUGUCAGCGAUGAGUUUAACUGCUGAACAGCGACGUUCUUCCGGAGCUUUGCCGCCUUUGAUCCCUCAACGGAAGCACACUUCUGCUUCGCUUGGGUCUUGUCAAAUCGACGGUAUCUCCUUGUCUCGCCAAUCGUCUUCCAAUUACAUUCCAGAAUCUCCAACCUAUUCCAAUAUUGGGUAUCAAUCUUCGGUGCCGUAUCGCAGUGCAUAUCGUCAGUCAAAUUUCCCUACUUUCCAUGAGAAACUUGGCCAUACUACCAGAUCUCGAAGUAUCUCCAACUAUAGUGAUGCUGUCCACAAAACUGAUUUCUCGAUACAAAAGACGUAUGUUGUGCCGUAUGAGAGAAAAGAAACUGAUUCGGGGAUUCUGGCAGCGGGCUAUUCGACAUCUAGUUUGGACCGGCGGAUGUUAAGAACUAGGCCGAGCAGUAUGGCCUCGUCCAACACCCAUCUGAGGGACUCUACGUCUUCGGGCGUCUCGAGUGCAUCUUCCUUCACUGGCUCUCCGUCUAUGAUGUCAAGGACGACUACGUUCCCUGUGGCAUCGGAUAUCAAGUAUGACGCUACGACUUAUACAGGGUGUUUCAAGAAAUUUGGAACAAAUGACUUGCUUAUAUCUUUUUGUUCUUUGCAGCUAUCAACGAAUUUCUUUUUGCUUCUAAAAAUUGACAGCGUGCGUUUUUAGAAUCUCAAAAAAAUUUUUUUUCGUCGGCGGAGGGCUCAUUUCUCGGCGGAGAAAAUUAGGGCCUUUUUUAAAAAUCACAGCGCAUUACGUGGCGGAAACGCCGUUGCAACGGCUGAAAUCAAGUAUACGUUACACCUCCCUCGAUUUUACGGUAUGCAUUUUUUUGUUUUCGAUUUUACGCGCACCGCGGAGGCGCGGCGGAGACUUCAGAUUUCGGCGGACGUUGUUUUGGGCCUUCGGCUGUUGCAAUUCAUGUUGGAAAAGAGGUUGGGGUGAUUUUUUGUUGUCAUCCGAUGCACAGAUGGCAAAAAUUUCGUGCUUUUUUUCUCCGGCGGAGAAUUCGGCGGAGGCUUUAUCAAAGGGUCAAAGCAGUCUUACGAGUCCGGGAAAAAUCUCAGCUACAAGAAUCCAACAGAGCUGCAUUGUCUUCCAAAGAUUUUUGAUUUUUUUGGUCCGGCGGAGAAAUCGGCGGAGUUUUGUUUUUACCCUUUGAUAAAGCCUCCGCCGAGGAUAAAAAGCACGAAAUUUUUGCCAUCUGUGCAUCGGAUGACAACAAAAAAUCACCCAAACCUCCUUUUCCAACAUGAAUUGCAAAAACCAAAGGCCCAAAACAACGUCCACCGAAUAGGUCUCCGCCGCGCAUCCGCGGAAGUGCGUAAAAUCGAAAACGCAAAAAAAGCAUACCGUAAAAUCGAUGGAGGUAUUGCGUAAACUUGAUUUCAGCCGGUGCAACGGCGUUUCCGCCACGUAAUGCGCUGUGAUUUUUAAAAAAGGCCCUUAUUUUCUCCGCCGAGAAAUGGGCCCUCCGCCGACGAAAAAAAAAUUUUUUUUUAGAUUCUAAAAACGCACGCUGUCAAUUUUUAGAAGCAGAAAGAAAUUCGUUGAUAGCUGCAAAGAACACAAAGAUAUAAGCAAAUCAUUUGUUCCAAAUUUCUUGAAACACCCUGUAGAUGAUUAAUGCUUUUCUCAACGUGUUAAUUCAAAGCUAUUUUUAGUGGACUAUCAUCAACAACGGCAUUGGAGAUGUCAAUAUCGGCCUCCCGAAUACAACCGACGUCGAAGAACGUGGAUCACCUUCUUUCCUCAAUAUCAUCUCGAGCUGCCAUCCACUUCAAGAACAGCAAUUUGCUCCUAAGUCCUUCAAAGAAGACUGCAACUAUGGUAUAA